AUGUAUGACCAUGAUGUUAUCCAGCCAGAGGACAAGCGAAUUACACUAUCCCAACUCAAACAACUCAUGGCGGACCCUUUGGUUGAUUACUUAGCUCUUGUUGUUGAUCUUAUCUGCAGUCCUACUUGCGCGGAAACACACCCUACACUGGCCCACUCGGUCCGUUUCAUCAUCCCGGACAAGGGCAGCAAAGUUGAUACAGAUGGAAUUGCAAAUUUAUUCAAUACUAGAUUGUCUAGGCUGCGGACGGUGCAAACAAAGCUACGCAUGGAACUUGAGCCUCUACGUGUGCUUAUCCUACGGCAUAGAGUAACUAAGGCCUGCAUAAUCAACAAUGGCGGAAACCGCGUAAUCAUGGACAUCAAUGCCAUCAUUGAAAAGGGAAAUAAUAAAGAGUUGGAAAAAAACUCUAAGAAUGCAGAAGAAGAUACGAAAAAUGAGAUUCUACCAAAAUCCCGACUGCAAUUUCAUUUGCUAGAAAUAAAUGAGACAGCUGAAGAAAUCGAAGAGCAGGCCCAUUGGCUAUGCAAAUCUGUAGGAAGUUUUAAUGGCAUGGCGUGGCUACGUCCACCAACUGAGUUAGCAGGUGGAAGGAUCUGGCUAUUGGACACUUUUGAUGAGCAUUCAGAGGAAAUAGAGAAAAAAGAGAAUGCCAAACGCGAUGCUGACAAGUUUUAUGAGCCGCGUUUGCUACAGUCCUGCCACAUAAAGUAUAUUGUGAGUCGUCUUUCUAUUGAUCGUGUCCUCUUGGUGGCUAAAGAUGCACCCGCCGAUGUUGACAACGUUGAAACUCUGAUCGACGUAUAUCAAUCACGAGUCGGCUGUCCCUGCUUGCUAGUACCAGCAGACUGGGCCUCGAAUGACCUGGAAAGGAUGCGAUCGGAACUUGCUAGAAUUACAAACUUUUUGGCAAAUGGUCAAUGUCCUCAGCGAAUGUCAUCAGAGAAUGGUCUACAGGAAAACGAUCAACAUCGACCAUCUCAUCGAAUCAUGGUAUUAGGAGGUGGCAAUGGUGGUGCAGUAUGCUUAGCAGUUGCCUUGUUGAUGCUUCUACUUCGCUGGCGAAUGCCCGCUGCAUAUCAUCACUUAAGAUCUGCACGCUCUCGGCCACCACUUCUGCCAGUUCAAUUAACAUGUCUCUGGCAGCUUGAUCAGGCUUUAUUUGCUGGCCUUACCAAGACACGUAGUGCUCAUGUGGCCGGACCUUAUGAUAAAGGGGGUCUGGGCAAGUCUAAAGUAGUGAAGGGCAAAUUGAAAAGAAGAGCAGCUUUUUUCAGAAGACAAGAUACAGAAGUUCCGCUUCCCAUUCUUGCUCAUACCCUUACAGGAAUUAAACCUAAGACCUUCUUCCUAACAGACAUUGAGCUGCUAGAAGACACUACGCAAGUAGAACAGCAAGGAUUAAGUCAAGUAGACGAUAGUUCUAAGCAUCGUAUAAAGGAUCUAGCCCUUAAGAAAAAACUGGAUCGACAUACGAAGAAGUCGGGAGAGAAAAGCAAAAAGUACCUAAAAUGGAUUAAUAGAGAGAUUGAUCCGAACUCUUUGCUUGAAAUGCACAGCAACGAAGUAUUGGGACAGAACGGUGAGAAGCCUAAUGGUAAAGAUCAUGCCCAGAUAAUGAGUGAGGACACUCUUGUAAUGAGGAUAACCGCUGAGGACUUAGAAGGAUUCGAUACAGACGAACUAAUGCAAUCAAAUAAAUAA